UCAUGUAAUAUUACAGUUCUGCUAAGCUAAUGCAUAAUGUUUUAGUUCCCUUGAACGGUUGUGUAUUUUUGAGGUGGCGCUUUUGUUCAAAACCGAUUGAAUCAGGUUAUUUAUAGCACUGAUUCGUAUGUUCGAUCGUUCUGUAUAUCCUACGAUCUUCCGCACUCGGUCGCCUUGUUUCUUUUUUAUUAUCACUUAGAGAUUGUUUUUAGCGUAGUUGAUGCCGUUAGUGGUCGCAAUAGUAGUAGUGGUGAUGAAAAAGAUCAUCUUGCUAGUUUAUUUCUGUAUUUGCAUCGAUGGUACUAAGAACCGUUCUUACAUAUUUGCCUCAAGCCGCGCGUAGUCACGAAUGAAAUACAGUAGUGUUUGUGAGGUGCGAAGAAGUGGUUAGCAUGUUUUGGCCGAUCGUGAACGUAAAGAAAUUGAUGAGCGUGUACUGUUUUAAUUAAAAUGUUUUAUUUUGAACCAUGAGUAAUUCAAGCGCUCAACCGCUAUUGAUGCAAAAUUGAUCGGUCGAUUGAAGUGGAAUACUGAGUUCAAUCACGGUCCAACUGAAUGGUCUCUCAUAGUACGUCAUUAACUUGUUAGCCCUGCAAGUUUGUUAGGUUAUUAAUAAAAUUUUAAAGGUAGAAUAAUGAAACAUCGAGUAUAAUUAAACGUGCCAAUAUUGAUGGAUUCUUUACUAAACAAAUUCCUUUACGUGCAUAACAACUCGUCAGCCUAAGCGUUCUUUAUCCAUAGGAAUGAUAGAUGGACAUGGUUAUGCUUAUUUGUUAAAUUUAUCAGAUUACAUUUGAGUCAUCAAUGAACGCGCUAUGGUAAGCGCCACACGUUUGAUGAUGAUGAGAACGUGAGACCUCUCUAUACGUUUUUGUUUUUCUUGUUAAGUAGUUGCAAAAGCAUGUUAGAACAUGUGACUAAUAAUGUUCGUGCUGCGAACGAGAAGGUAGAAAAGGUAGAAAAGAUUCGAAAAUAAAAUCGAUCUACUAAUUAUUCUGGCGUUUGUAGAAUUACUUUUUAUGAUAUAAAAUGGUAAGUGAAUGAUGAUGUAACAUCAUGCCAUUCAAUAAUAAUUUGAAUUGAAACAUAAAUUAUACCAAAUAAAUACAAUCGAAGCAAAGUAGGUAAAUAGAAGAAUAUCACGUAUGUAAAUAUUUGUUACACUUAUGCAACUGUUUUGAAAAUUGUACGGUUACAAUCGUGUGCCCAGAUUAGUGAAUUUUGAAUAUUUGAAUUUUCAUGACUCACGGAAAGCGCAGAGGAGAAUAAUAGCGGUUUUUUAAAAAUUGUUUUGACAUAUUUUGAUUGACAGGAUUUUUGAUAAUCUUGAGCCUAUGCUCUCGACUUUAACCUUGGUAGUGAUGGUAUACCACUUAAUGCUAAUAAAAGUGUUCUUAUUGAAAUUGUCUUUUGAUUUGGAGAUGAUAAAUUUUGAAUCAGUGGUUUUGAAUAUUAACUUAAGAAUGAUGCAAAAAUGCCCUUGAAAUAAUGAGACCUUUUGUUAUUGUAGAUUAUACGUCAACUUAUUUGCUAACCUCAUAAUAAAUAAAUAAUUUUAAAGCCAUUUCAUGUGAGCGAGUCGGACUAUAGGCAGUCUUAAUUAUAGUGCAAUUCGCUUAUUAUAAUGCCAUUAUUACAUGGGUGAACUCCACGAACAAAUGGAUGACUGAAACACCAGAUGUAGGUGUUUAAAAUGAACAUCUUUAUCAGUUGAAUAUGUGGUUGGCCUUAUUCAUGAAAUCACGAUGAUAUAUGAUUGUUGCGUUUUAUAUUUUGAAAUUUAGUUGAAAAAAGUACGGAAAGAUGACUCGGAGUCGGUGGGUGCUUAUAAAAUAGAUUGUAAAUGUGUGUGACUAUGUCAACGCCACAUUCGAAUCUAUUGAGUGCACAAAUCUCACUACUAUUAACACAAGCUUGAAAACGUGAACAGAAAGAAACGCGUCGUUCACUGUUGUACCGCUCACGACCAUCAAUAGACCUUAUCAAUCAGAACACAAGCAGCUAUACCGACACAUGCAGUAUGUAAACAUUAAAAACAGUCAACACCAACACUGUUUGGAUUCGAUCGUUUCCAUACGACAUACGGGAUCUUUGGUUCGGUCUAACAGUCUAUUCGUGCCGGGCAAUCCAAUUGCUACAGUGAGAAAACGAUUGGCAGUACGCACAGAUCGUUUAUUACGUCGGAAGAAUUGUGUUUUUCAACGCUAAAACAGAUAUGGUGAUUCGUUAACAAUGGAAACAAAAAUGCAAAUUGCAUAAAUGUGGUGUGCUGUUAUUGCAAAACUGAUCAAUGCGUAACUUAUUCCGCUUGUGCUAUAUUUAUUGUGUAGCUUAAGUUUGUAAAUGAACAAACCGUAAUAAACAGUGGCUAUCCGUAUUAGUUGAAAUUUGCCACCCAAAACCAAAAACAAUAUACAAUUGAAAAGAUUUAAGUUUGAAGCGCUAACCUUUUAGUGAAGUGGUAAUUCCAUCGUGAAGUGGGAAAGUCAUGCUGUAUGUCCCCCAAUAGUGCGAGUUAGUUUUCCAAUGUGAAGUGUCAUGCUUUUGCUCUUAUACAUCACCGCUGAUCCGUGUGCAAUAAAUUCAUCGGUAACAUUGCGUUACUACUCAACUAUCGGUUAUGUGACCAUCAGAUGGUAAUAAUGUAUUGAAUCAUGUAUGCGGUGCUUCGUUAGUACGCACAUAUGUAUGUAGCAUUUUACUGCACAGGCUUUCCUAUUACUGAAUCUGCUAUAAAAAUAGGCAGUUGAAAGGACACAUAAUGGUUGCAAAAACGCAGGAAGGCAUAUCUUUGGAAAAUCUUAGCAAACGAGCAUCGGUUUAUAUUGAUCCUGAUUGUGAUUUGUACCUAGAGCUGCAAUAUUUGCAAUCUUCAAGGCUUACAAAAUGUGCCUGUUUCGACAUCCACCUAUUGACAUCGAAAGGAAAAAAACCAAACUUGAAAUCGUUUCAAGACGUGCAAUCACUCAUUCAACAAGGAAAAAAACGAGAAGCAAAGAUAGUGUUAAGAGAAAACUCAUGGCCCACCAAUUCACCGAUUCGUUCACAGCUAUGGCCAGCUUUAUGCGCCCAACAUCACGUUGGAAAAACGAUGCUGGACGGAUUCUAUUGGGAUAUGGUGAAUCAGGUUUUCGGUACGACAGAAUUGCCCGAGAAACCUAUAAUGCUGCCACCGUUCGUCGAUUCAACACAUUGUCUGCCCUAUCAUUUGACACGGAAAGGUCGAGCGGUGGCUGAUCGAGUAGUAAGUGUGCUCGGUUACGCAUGUCCAGACAUUACUUACAGCCCUACGCUCUACCCUAUUACUUCCAUUUUGUUACACUUUAUGUCUGAGGAAGAAUGCUACCACUGUAUGGCCAGCCUUGUCGCCCCGAAGGAGAAAGUUUUUAUUACUCAAACAAAGUUACUUUAUGAGGUCACGUGGAAGACUGUGAUGCAAAUUGCCAAAAAACAUGCGAAAUCUGCUGUUAAUUACCUAUCGACAAUGUGCAACGGACAAAAGCCUGAAUCGAUCUUCAUGGAUUGGUGCUGGUGGAUAUUAGGUGGAUUACCUUUUCCGCAUCUUGUACGAGUAAUGGAUUGCUUUUUCCACGAGGGAAUUAAGGUUUUCUAUCGCGUAUCGUUGGCUAUAUUGAUACUUUUUCACAAACACGUUACCAGCAGUAAUUCCGAGUGGGACGCAGAUGCGAUAAAAAAUGAUAUCGAUAAUGCCCUUCCAAAGUUCUGUAAAAAUAUACCAGUCUCACCAGCAAAGCUGCUCCGGACAGCUUUUAGUAUUAGAGCUCUUAGUUCUACGUACAUAUCUAGAGUUUUUUUGAAGACUGAAAUGUUACUAAAGAGUAAGUCAGUACUAAGUGGGCCGAAGCAAAUGGUAAGAUCACGUUCUAGCGAUAAUUUACCAACGAGUCAAUCCCAGAUCAACGUACAAAUGAUGUCUCACACCUUAACAAUUCGGGAGGGGGCUCAUUCUCCUGACGUACGAGUCUUGUCCAUGGGAGUUUUUCCAAUUCAAGCAAUAAAGAGUAAAAUAUGUGAUCAGGACACACUGUUUACGCUCUGGUCUUGGCUACCAGUAAGAAUCACAAUGUAUCAACCCAUUCUACUGUAUACAACAGAAGAACAUGGAUGCUCUUUGACAACGUUUUACGUUAGAGUAGAACAACAUGAACCAACACUGUUAAUGAUUAAAACGUGUAAUAACGAAGUGUUUGGUGCUUACUGUUCGUCGCGAUGGUUUGAACGCAAUUUAAAAGACGAUCGUGGACAGCGUCAAGCUUACUUUGGCACGGGAGAAACGUUUCUGUUUUCACUUUAUCCCGAACGUGCCAAAUAUCCGUGGGUCGGAAUAGAGGGUGAUACAGGCUUGGGCCAUGCAUCUGAGCUAUUUAUGGCUGCUGACUCCAAGAUGAUUACUAUCGGCGGCGGAGAGGGGCAAGCUAUCUGGAUGGAUGAAAAUAUUCGUUUUGGCAAAACCGACAGGUGCCAAACUUUUAAUAACCCACCGCUUUGUGCUUCUGGCGAUUUUGAGAUACGUGUAUUGGAGGUGUACGGUUUUGUUGGAGCGUGAGUAACCUCCUGAAUUAUGUAUCGGUAAAGCUUGCGUUUAAUUCACAUUGAAAUCCGUAUUAAUGUUUAGUCUAUGUUGAAGCUGAAACCAAAACAAAACUCGAUAUGCUGGUAGAUCUCGUUGAUUUCAUCAUUGUGUUCUUUGACUCUCAUGAAAUGAGAGCAAAAAAUAGAAGUAAACUUUUGACAAAAAUGAAAAUUUCAGCAAAUUCAUCAAGCCUCAGCCAUUCAAGAAAAGAUCGCAUUGUUGUAUGUAUAAUUUUGCCAUGUUCAUUAAAUACUCUGAAUAUUUGCAAAUCGUGCGGAUUGCAUAAGAUCACUACAAGUGAUUAUAUACAUAUUACGUAUUUCAGCCCAAUCGUUCAGCCCAAAGCUUAUUUGGACAAAAGCAAUUUCGAACAAAUAUAUGAAUUAUACAUGAUAAAUGUUUGUUUAAAUUGUCAUUGUGGUUUAAUCGGACUGUAGAAGAAUUCCACGAAGGAAAUUAGUUUUAAGCUUUAGGUAGUAUUGCACUAGAUAUAGUUUACAAAAUUUGUUAUGCAUAUUUGAUUUAAUUAUAUUGUGCAGGGAUUAUCGGAGAUUGUUUUUCAUGUUUGUUUUAUUUUCCGAUGAUUUACGGGCAUGAUGAUGUUGUUUAUUUUCUUCAAAUGUGGUUAAAAUGUUUAUUUUAUUGGAUUUAUGACAUUAGCGCAAUCAAAGUUAUACCAACAAAGCAUUUCAUGAUACAACGAAAAAAACAUUUUAACAUAUCGUUGUAUUACAACAUCACAAAAUUGUUCAAGGAUGUAUAUGUUCUAUUGUAGUGUGUCUCUAUGUGAUUUGUUUCGCAUACUCGUGGAAUGUCAUCAAAAUACAACAAUCGUUAAAUGGUUUUCAAAGGGUUAUAAUUGUACUAUUGAACUAUAACUUCUUGUAAACUACUAAUAACAGUUGUAAUUCCUAUUUACAGUUUUUACGCGAUUUAUAUGGUGUUUGUUGCGAUUCAAGCACAUGAUUGACGUGGCAUAAGUAGUGUUUAGCUCUGUGAAACUAAGAUAUGCUUAUUCCUUUUUCGUUGUUGGAAACUAAGUUCUCGUCGCAUAGUGUGAGCUGAUUUGACAGUAGUCUCUAAUUUCUCAUCUCUCAAUGAAGCGAACAUGGAAACAAGUUGAAAGUUUUGCUUGGUAAAAAGAAGGAAUUACAUUCCAAGAGAAAGGAUUAACAUGCCUGGCUAAUAUUGGUCUAUGUCUUCAUAUGUCCUGCUAAUCAAUUGUGUGUUGAUUUUUUUUUCUUGCAUUGUGUUUUUAUAAAUUUUGGCACGUUUUGGAAUAAUAUCGAUACAUCGAAUGAUCAUGAAUUUUGUUGUUGUAGCGACAUGGAUACAAAAUCCAUGUACAAACGAAAACUUCUGGACAUAAUUUCUAUCUGCUUGUUUUUAUAUUAUUCACAAAAUAAGAAAUAUAGGAAAGUAGUAGAGAAUGUAGGACGAAUUAAUUUAUUAUACUUUAUACUGUAUAAAUAUUGCGUUAAUUUAAGAUGUGUGAUCAAAACUGAUGAAAGCAUAUAAGUAAUAUAUGACAAACGAACAAAAAUAAGAUAUGAAAAAAGAACAAUGAAUUAGAGAUAUCCAGAUAAACGCCAAAACUGCAAAAUAACCGAAAUAUUGUAAGUUAGAGAGAUCAAUAUAGCGGGCCAUCUACCAGUGCGUUCAAUGAAAGAAUAUUGCGAUUUCAUACACAUUAAAAUGCAUAUACUAAAACAUCGCUAAAAGAAUAGAAAUAUCAAUGAAAUCAAACGUAGCUAAAAGCUUAAUGUCUAGCAUUAUAAGUACACAUAAAUGCGUGUUUUGCCUAACUUCUCAUCUAUUUUAUGUGAUUCAAAAUGUAUUGUUAUUCAAUGUUCAUGCUUCGAUAGUUGUGUGUUUAGCGUCUGCAGAGAUACAGCAGAUGAACUAAGAUAAGUAGAUGGGUGCGUAUGCAUACUCUUAUUUGUUACAUUAUUUCAUUCUUGCUUAGAAUAUUGAUAAUGACCGCUUACAAAAAAAAAAAAAACUACUGCAACCAAUAGAUUGCAACAACAUUUUUUCACACGAUAAAGAUCGGUUCAGUUAAAACUUUGGUUAAAAAUCCACUCUGCAAAAGUUAUGAAGCAAGCAAAAUGAAAAAAAUAUAUACCAGAAAUGACGAUAUGAACAUGUUAUUGCAUACCGAUAAGGAUGGAUUUAUAAUAAUGUGUGGAAUGCAUAAUUUAUUUGUUUUCAGAUAUAUAUUCAGAGAACAGUUAUCGUAUCUAUGCAAUCAAUGUAUAAGACUUAUUUGGACGUGCUAACAGUAGUAGUAAAACAAAAAAGCAUUGUGAUGAU